AUGCAUCCCACUGAAUUAGCUAUCCUGCGACGUGCAACUAGAGAGGCGGCUACAUUCUUCGCUCGAUUUAUUUCAUCGCGAGUGGAAGAGCGUAAACGGCGCGAGUUUGUCGUUUGUUUUGAACAGUUAUUGACAAGUCGAUUCGAGCAUCACUGGUAUCCGGAUAGUCCAAAUCGAGGCCAGGCGUACCGUUGCAUCCGGUUAAAUCCAUCAAACAAUAAAGAACCGUUGAUUGAUACUGCAGUCAUCGUGGCCGGCUUGACUUACAACGACAUUCAACUGCCCUUGGAACUGACCGUGUGGAUCGAUCCGGACAAAGUAACAUACCGUUUUGGCGAGGAUGAUGGAUCGCACUGUACUCUCAUUUCCUUUGACGAACAAUUGGCGUCGAACAAAACGAUGGCCACAGCUCCUUUACGCCCCUACAGCAAUAAACAGAAACCGAGAAUGCACGCCAUGGAUUGCCGAGAGGGCCACAAGUUUUGUUUUAUUACGCGGCACGGAAUUGGUGUGGUUCCUUCAUCGAUCCUUGCACCACGGUUGAUCUUUCAUCGCAUCUUCCCAGUGCUUCUUGUGCCGUCAAUGCCGAUCUCGUAG